AUGGUCAAGGAUUCGAUGUUACGUAAGGCGAACCAGUCAAUGCUCAGCGGGCUCGAUCAGAAUACUCUUAUGCAGAUUCAUCAGUUAUUCGGAGGUGAUGAGAGCCGAACUCGUGCUAUCUUGGAGCAGUAUCAGCAACAACAGCGGAACUAUCAGCAGUAUCAUCAGCAGCUUGUUCAGCAACAACCUUCAAUGGAUCAGUUGUACCUGACAUAUUCACAGUUAUCAGAAGCAGACCUCAAUCGAAUUUAUCCGACCGUAGAUCUAGCGACUCGAUGUGUGAUAGAAUUCGUCCUUCAACACAAGAAGCAAACGGCCACCAUACAGAUGCGACAGCAGCAUGCAGCAAUGCUGGGACAGAUUCAGGCGAAACAAUUGGAGGCGCGUCAGCUUGAGCAGCAACGGCAAGAGCAAAGGCUUCAACAAGAAAAACAGCGGCAAAUUGAAGCUGCAAGGAAGCAGUUGCAGGAGCAAAUCAAACACCAUGACAUCACCGCUGCGAACAUCGACAAAAACACGAUAGCUAUGGUGCAUCGAGUGGGAGAAAUUAACCAGUCUUUGCAAACUGCUUCCUUGACUCAGUUGCAACGUCAACAGCUUUUGUUGGAGUAUAGCAGCCAAUCAGCCAAAUGCUCGAGUCUUCAAACGAUGGCGCAGAACCAUCGACUACAGAGGACCCAACUACAGAAUCAGCUUGACGCUUUGAAUGCCGGCAGUGGAUCAGCAGCAGUUGUGGCCUCGAUGUCCCUGGCGCCGUCCCCAAUGGUAAUGAGAACUCAUGACACGUCUGUAUUACUGGACGAUGAACAACGUCUGAGGGAAGAAAUUGAGAAGAUCGACGAAGAUAUCCGGGGCAUGGAGAAGCAGGUGCGACGGCUGGAGGAAGAGGAGCGAACAUACCAGAAGAAGAAAAUCCAAGCUGAGCAAAUGAUCACAUCUGCUUUCCGAAUAAAUUCAACCAUGCAGGACUUUCAAGCAAAGCAGGAACUCAAAGAGGCACAGGACAAUAUGCGUGUUGUUGAACAUUCGCGGCUCACGUUCCAAAAGAAGCUCGAUAAUUUGCGUGAGAAUCGUGAGCUACUUAUGAGACAACAACGAAUGCUGUUGAAUAGUGGCAGUACAAGUGGUGUUAUUGUUGGUGGUUCUGGCGGCCUCAGUAAAGGAGUGGUGAAAGAUUUCGCUCAAUCGCUGCAAAUGCAGCAACAACAACACAAG